GGCCCGCAGCUCGGGCGCAGCAGCCAAUGAGCACACUCUUGGAGAGCGGCGAGGGCAAUAUGGCUUCCUGCACCUGGUGACGGUUGAGGAAAUUGAAUUUGGUAUCAUGGAGAAACCGCGGGGCACUGAGGAGACGCCAUCUUCAGAGCCAAUGGAAGAGGAGGAGGACGAAGAUGACUUGGACCUCUUUGGGGGCUACGACAGCUUCCGGAGUUACAACAGCAGCGCGGGCAGCGAGAGCAGCUCCUACUUGGAGGAGUCAAGUGAAGCAGAGAAUGAGGACCGGGAAGCGGGGGAGCUGCGCACCUCACCUCUUCAUCUGUUCAGCUCUGGGAACAACCGCUCCUUGGAUGGAAGUGGUUCUGAGCCAGCUGUCUGUGAGAUGUGUGGGAUCGUGGGCACAAGGGAAGCUUUCUUCUCAAAGACCAAGAGGUUCUGCAGCGUCUCGUGUUCCAGGAGCUACUCCUCCAACUCCAAGAAAGCCAGUAUCCUGGCUAGACUGCAGGGAAAGCCACCCACCAAGAAAGCCAAAGUCCUACACAAGGCAGCCUGGUCUGCCAAAAUUGGAGCCUUUCUCCAUGCCCAGGGGACAGGACAACUAGCAGAUGGGACACCCACUGGACAAGAUGCUCUGGUCCUGGGCUUCGACUGGGGCAAGUUCCUGAAGGAUCAUAGUUACAAGGCUGCUCCUGUCAGCUGCUUUAAACAUGUACCCCUCUAUGACCAGUGGGAAGACGUCAUGAAGGGGAUGAAGGUGGAAGUGCUCAACAGCGAUGCUGUACUUCCCAGCCGGGUGUACUGGAUCGCCACUGUCAUCCAGGCAGCUGGGUACCGGGUGCUGCUCCGAUAUGAAGGCUUUGAAAAUGACGCCAGUCAUGACUUCUGGUGCAACCUGGGAACUGUGGAUGUCCACCCCAUUGGGUGGUGUGCCAUCAACAGCAAGAUCCUGGUACCUCCACGGACCAUCCAUGCCAAGUUUACUGACUGGAAGAGCUACCUCAUGAAGCGGUUGGUGGGUUCCAGGACUCUUCCUGCAGACUUCCAUAUCAAGAUGGUAGAAAGCAUGAAGUACCCUUUCCGACAGGGCAUGCGCUUAGAGGUUGUUGACAAGACCCAGGUGUCACGUACCCGCAUGGCCGUGGUGGACACAGUAAUCGGGGGUCGCCUCCGGCUCCUCUAUGAGGAUGGUGACAGUGAUGACGACUUCUGGUGCCAUAUGUGGAGUCCCCUGAUCCACCCAGUGGGUUGGUCCCGGCGUGUUGGCCACGGCAUCAAGAUGUCAGACAGACGAUGUGACAUGUCUCAUCACCCCACCUUCCGGAAAAUCUACUGUGAUGCUGUACCUUACCUCUUCAAGAAGGUCCGAGCUGUCUACACGGAAGGUGGCUGGUUCGAGGAAGGAAUGAAACUAGAGGCCAUUGACCCUCUGAAUCUGGGCAGUAUCUGUGUAGCAACCAUCUGCAAGGUGCUCUUGGAUGGUUACCUGAUGAUCUGCGUGGAUGGGGGGCCCUCCACGGAUGGUUCUGAUUGGUUCUGCUACCACGCCUCCUCCCAUGCCAUCUUCCCAGCUACCUUCUGCCAAAAGAAUGAAAUUGAGCUCACACCCCCAAAAGGGUAUGAGACACAGCCUUUUACCUGGGAGACCUACUUAGCGAAGACCAAGUCAAAAGCUGCUCCAGCACGACUCUUUAACAUGGACUGCCCCAACCAUGGCUUCAAGGUGGGCAUGAAGCUGGAGGCUGUGGACCUGAUGGAGCCCCGGCUCAUCUGUGUGGCCACCGUGAAGCGAGUGGUGCAUCGGCUCCUCAGCAUCCACUUCGAUGGCUGGGACAACGAGUAUGAUCAGUGGGUGGACUGCGAAUCCCCGGACAUCUACCCUGUCGGCUGGUGUGAGCUCACCGGCUACCAGCUCCAGCCACCUGUGUCCGCAGAACCAAACACACCUCAGAAAGGCAAAGACGCCACAAAGAAGAAGAAGAAACAGUUUGGGAAGAAAAGGAAAAGAAUCCCAUCAGCCAAGACUCGGCCCCUCAGACAGGGCUCCAAGAAACCCUUACUGGAGGACAACCUUGAGGCUUUGGGGGUCUCGGAACCAGUUCCUGAUGACAUUAUCGCUGUGUGUGUGAAGGAGGAGCACCAGGACAUGCCCUCGCCUGACAGGUCGCCCAGUCCACAGCUGCCUCUCCCCAUUGAGAGCAUCAAGCAGGAAAGGGACAACUGAGACUUCCCUGGCAUCAGCCUGGACCCUAACUGAAGCCAAGCCUGGUCAUGGAGCAGAGAGGAGGCCCGGCUUUACUGCUGUGCAGUAAAUGGACAGCCUGGUGUUCCGGGGCUGCCUCUGCCCUCUGGCUGACACUCAUUGCACCCUCAGCACACUGGAAAACUAGACUGGUCCCCAUGGUCUACCCAGGCAAGUGGUGGAAGGAAGGUUAUGGAGCAGCCGAUGCUGGGUGAGAACAGAGCCACCUCCACCCAAAAUAAAUUGAGGGUCAUGUACCUCCUGGGGGCACCCUGCUCCACCUGAUGUCCCAGGAGCCCCACUGUGGCAGGGAAUUGACCAAGUAGUGGGCUCAAGAGAUUUGGGUUUGGGCCUUGACCUCAGGGAUGACAAGAACACUGACUUCCUUUCUGAGAGGGAACAGCUGGGAAGAUGUGCGGGGACGUGAGCCCCUAAGGGAGACUCAGGCCAGGCUACUUGCUGUCAGGUAACAGGAUCAGACAGUAGUUUGGUCCAUGUAGUCGGGGGCCUGCCUGAGACCGUCCUUCUCCAGAGUGGGGCUUGGGCUGACUAACAUUCCCUCUCCCUGCCUGGUUAGCCCAGCCACUGCUCAGCUCAGCCUCUUUACAGCAUCUGGCCUUUGGUUUUCCCACUUGGACACAUUUUUGUUUUAUUUUUGAGACAGGGUCUAUGUAGUACUUGCUGUUCUGGGGCUUGGUAUGCAGCCCAUGCAGAUUCUAAACCGGUAGGGAUCCCCUGGCCUCUGCCUUCCGAGGCCUGGGAUUAAAGCUGUGCACCCAGCCCCCGGCUAGACAGUUUGGCCCGGCCCUCCAGGGUCAUCCUGAACAGCCCUGGGUCUCCUGCAGUGCCCCUGUGUCUGACUGGGAUUUAGACAGAAGCAGUGAGGCCAGUGGCUCCCUACGGCUGUGGCUGUGCUGUGUGGCCAUCUAUGGGCCUACGCCAGUCAAGUCUUGUUCAUCCCUGAGGGGAGAUGUGAGUGGCCAGUCAUCAUGGACUGGGCAGGUUCUGAGAGAAGUUGGUCUUGAUCUAUCUGCUAAAGAUAGCCCACCCUGUGCAGAAUCUAGGCCAUGAAAGAGGCCUUUGCCUGCCUGCUCUCCUCAAAGGGAAGAAGAUGAAAGUCCACAAUAAAAGGCAGGUUCAAUUCCCAGCAGCCACCCACAGCACCUGUAUCGUGAGCUCCAAGGGAGCCUGGGUCUCUGGUUUCCGUGGAUACAAAUGUGCACAUCCUUAAACGUAAUUAAAAAUAAAAUCUUUGAAGAAAA